UCCGCGCUCAACUAGUUUUAUUACCCGCGCUAAAUCAUUUUGAUCUUGUACUUCGGCAGAGGGGAAACAGUGCAAAUAGCGACUCCCUUCCCAGUGUUGCUCGAAGGUACUUUCAUCUCCUGAGGCUACGUCGAUGUCACCAUGUUCAGCAUUUUUCUUUUUUCGUUUUUUAGAGUUCUUCCCCAUAUUUAUUUACACUUUAUAUUUAUUCUUCAAUAUUUAUUUACACUAUUACUUAUAUUUACAAACUUAUUUACAGAUGUAGCUAUAGAAAAAGCCUGAAUAGCGCCUUUAAAUUUAAUUAAUGUUUAAAAAUACCGCCAACCCAUCCGACGUUACCGCGCUUCCCGAACGAAAAGUCUUUAACCUUUGGCCGAAUGUCACUUUUGACAUUUAUAUUUUUCUCAAGAGCUGUAUCUCCAUUGCGCUGCUUGAGAUAACCGAAAUAAGAAGGUAUUUAAACAGAAACGAACUAAGUAUUCCCGCGAUGGUUUCGCAGCAAAUGGCAUACGUGGCAGCGGUGCCCGUGGGUGUGGUUUUGGCUAUAGGACUGAUACGCAAAUGGAGGUCCAGAAAAUGGGGGAAGUGCUUAAGUAAUACUUGUUUGAGGGGCAAAACGUUUCUAAUUACGGGUGCGAACAGCGGAAUAGGGUUCGAGACGGCAAAGGCGCUCGUGAGGCGGAAGGCUAGGGUGAUCUUCGCGUGCAGGGACAUCGCGAAGGCCAAGGAAGCGAUCACGCAAAUCAGGAAGGCGCAGCCGACCGGCGGCGAACUGAUUCCCAUGCAGUUGGAUCUCGCAUCCUUCGAAUCCAUUGAGAACUUCGUGCAAGUAGUGAAAGCCGGCUUCUACAAGAUUGACGUGCUGAUCAACAAUGCAGGUGUCGCAACUCCAUUGGACCUCGGUCUGAAGACCAAGGAGGGCUUCGAAAUCAACAUCGGUGUUAACCAUAUUGGCCACUUCUAUCUUACUAAUCUGCUGUUGGAUCAUUUGAAACGGGCAGCUCCAAGCAGAAUCGUGAUCGUGUCUUCCACGCUUCACGAGAAAGGGAAUAUCAACUUUAAUGAUUUAAAUUUAAAGCAGGAGUCUGAAUUGGCAGUCCAGGGCAAGGUGAAAGGCCGAUACAAUCCUGGUUACUGCAAUUCGAAGCUCAUGAACGCGUACUUUGGCCGCGCCUUAGCUGACAAGCUUAAGGAUUCAGGAGUUGACGUGCACACUGUGUGUCCAGGGUUCUGCUAUACUAAUCUGUUCAGAGAUUUUUUGAGAUGGUAUCACUUCAUUCUGAUGGCGCCGAUCGCUUUGCUGUUCAUGAGGUCAUCUCAGCAGGGUUCAGAGACGGUCGUAUUCUGUGCCACUGACUACAGCAUCGAGGGCAAAACUGGCAAAUUCUAUCGCGACUGCGUCGAAUACACCUCCAAAUAUCCCUUCGACAAGGAGGUCGAGACCAAACUGUGGCAGGCCACCGAGGACAUGGUCAAGGCCAGGAGGCCCUUGUGAGACCAAACACCCUCGCGGCCUCACACUCAUCCAAUCACGGAGUCGCAAACACCCACUCAAACCGCACAACGCCCGCAAGACUUGAACAUACGACCACCUCCUCCCGUCAAACUUAAGCGUCCAGAGAAGCCUAAAGAGACCCGGAAGCCUGAGAGGCCUAAGCCGUGGCAGGAGAAGUCUGAGUCCCGGCAGCGGCAGGAACGGAAGACUCAAGCCGGCCCGAGUCGGCCGAAACGGCAGGCACCGGGGCAAUCCACUUCGAAAAAGAACUAAUGUAAUGAGGUAAAGUCUCUAAUGUAAUCCUUUUGUAGAUACUGGUACAUUUACAUAUAUCUAAGGACGAGCCUACGGGCACUAAGAAUGUUGCUAGUUCAGUGUCACUCACGAAUUCGAGCCAAUCGGUUAGUCUAACGCAAUUAGUUGCGACCAAUCGCACGCGUGAUGCAAACUCAUCCACCAAUCGCGUUGUGGCGUUAGACUGCACGAUUGGCUCGAAUUCGUGUGCGUGACACCGCUGUAAGUAAGAAUGGGGCCAGAUUCUUAUUGCCCGCAAGGCCCACUCUCAAGUGGUUGUUUAGUCAAUUUGUGAGGAAUAAUGUUGAUUGAUAUAAGUAGAACUGUAGGGCUAAGAUGGUCGGCUUUUUAUCAUUUGUCACCAUGCCUGUCACGUUCUAACAAGUUUGCAAGCGCGAAAGUGACGGGCAUAGUGACAAGUGAUAAAAAUGGAACCAUGCUGCCACCGCUAAAUCAUUGUGUAUAAAAUCCGAAAACUUAACCAAAGAUAUUUAGUAAAAAUGUGUCAAAAUUUAAUCCCAUUUUUAUGACGUAUUUUGAAAAGGAUAAUAUUCCGAACCACAAAUACAUUUGUUUUUGUUAUUUUUGGAGGUUAGUUUUUAGUGUUGGUGUCAUGGUGUAAAUCCCUUAGAGAAUCUGUUUAGUUUAGUAAUCAGGAAACAUCUAGCACAAUACCUAUUGCAUAUUUAUGUCCUUGUUGUUAUUGUUAAUGUUAGCAAAGAGAUUGUAAUAGAGAGGUAAAGUUUAAGAAAAAAGUGUCCCUUAGCCCUUCAAGUGGUGCCAGCGAAAACGCAAUAAGCAGUCAAGUGGCGCCGCGGAUUUGCGCAAAAGCGGUCAAGUGGCGGGGCCCCGAUGGGUGGUCAGCGCGGAUUAAGAUUUUACAAUAUUGACGAUUUCAGCUUAUCUUCGUAUAAAAGUAUAUAUUAAAUCAUAUAUUGUUGGAAUCAGCGUACAUAGGCUAUUUAAAUAUAACAAAUGAUUUCAAUGUUUAUACAUUUGGCCAUACCGAUACCGAUACCAUGACCGGCAGAUAGAUUAUAGAGUUGAAUUAACUCCGGAAGAGUGACGGUUUUCCGGUUUCCUUGACAAAAAUAAUGAUUAAUAAAAAUCAAGACUUAACUCUGACUAGGCGGUCGCUCCCCGACAAAUUUUAUACCAAGUGUUGUUUUUCUUCGUCUGUAUGUUAUCCUUGUCUAGCUUGCUCCCUGAUUUUGGGCCCUAGAAGAGCGUAACUAUACUUAAAACCGUUCAAUUUCACCGCUAAAUACUGCAGCACCUCACUAACCACUCACUGGUGGCCGACAGAUUACUGGUUUUCGUAUCGACCAGUGAGUGGUGGGCCGCCAGUUUACCGCAUUUUUAAUCCGACUACUCACGGGUUAGUUUGAUAUCCAUAACAGAUGGCGCUGUUUUGCGCCAUGUGUUUUGCACUCACUGAAUUGUCAAACGUCAACUUUUGACAAUCAAGAGUUACUGCACAAUGUAUGGAGCUGUACAGCGCCAUCUCGUUUACCUGUCAAAUUCGAAGCACAAAAUUGUCUUCGAUUUCACACAUCUUACUCAAUCAAUGUAUCAUUGAUGUUAGGUAGCGUCCAAAGAGAAUUAAGAAGAACAAGAGUGCUCACUCCAUACAACGGUUUUAUUACCAAAAAUACUGCUACUCGACCAUAGAUGUCGCGGCAAACAAAAAGUCUAAUGCUCAAAGAUUUUUCUAUUCGCUAAAGCCGUUUUUGAGAAAUUACUAAAAUAAAAAUUUGAAACGGUACUUGACAAAAUAGUACGGUUUAAUACUCGAAAUUAUUAUGAAUACUACACUAGUCGUAAUCGCAGUCUGUAAAUUAUACAUAGAUACAAAUAUAAAAUCAAAAAUGCCUCCGUACAAAUUUAUGAAGAAAGCGCUCAAGUCUAUGAAGCCCGGCAGCGGCCCGGUCUGCAAAAAGAAGAAAGACGGCAACAGGAUGUCAAGAAAGAACUACAACAGUUUCUCAAUAUACCUCAUCAGAGUAUUAAAAUCACGUACAGGACAUAACGUCGGAAUUUCAAGCAAAAGCAUUUUAAUUAUGAACUAUAUUGUCAAUGUUAUUAUAGAAAAAAUCGCCUGUGAAGCUGGAAAACUAAUACGCGGAACGAAGGCUCCGUUAAGCGAGAACGAAUUACGAAUGGCCACAAAACUACUCCUUCCUGGUUUCCUAGGAAUGUAAUCAUUGUUGAAUGGGGCGAAAGCGCUCCGGAACUACAAGAGCAACUCGAGCAGUCAGAUAGUUAUUAUGCCCCAUUUUGCCCAUUUAGUCCAUUUUGGUUAAUGUAUAAAACCGAUAUUAAAAUUUAUUAUUUUGACUACCAUCUUUCGACACAUGAUUAAAACUUUUAGAACACCAUUUGACUUUGAUCCUUAUUCUUUCAAUCAUCAAUCAAUCAUUUAUUUAUUUGCAAAAAUACAGUAACAUAAGGUGUUAGGACUAUUCAGGUACAAUGUGUAUUUUGCUUGCAAGCAAGCGUGCAAAUAUAAUGUGUCAAAUCUAAGCAUUGAAAAAUAAUAUAAUUGAAAUUAAGACAUUAGCAUAAAUAGUUAGAGAAUUUGAAAAAUUAGGAAAAAAGUCAGUCAGUCGCCAUAGAAUUAUAAAAACUGACAAUAUGUGUUAAAUUCGUUAAUAACCAACAAGUGGCGCUAUCUUACCGGGCAUAGGCUAAAGGUUGUGGCGCCAUCGCUCUAAUCGAUGCCGCCAUACCUUUGGCCUUUGAUCUACUAGAUGGCGCCACUUUGUGAUAUUUGACUACUUUAACACAUGUCAAUCAGUGAAAGAAUAAGGAUAAAAGUCAAAUGGCGUUCUAAUAGCUUGUGUCGAAAGAUGGCAGUAAAUUUGCUGUGGCUACAAAAUGUUGUUUGACAAUCCACCUCUAUUUCAAAUUCUCUUUGUAGGAACAAUAACAUCUUCUGAGCAUAAUAUACAGUAGCGGCAAAAAAAUAUCACAUUGCUAUUUUUAUGCAGGCAUUGAUUCGUAAAUUCGUGAUAUGAGACACGUCUGAUACUUUAAUCAUAUAAACAAUGAUUGUAUCAUCAUCACGACCAGGAUCGAUGUUUCGCCAUCGUUGGCCUCUGGUUUGAAAAUUAAAUGAAAUCAUUACUUUACAACUUAACCGGGCAAACUGUCAAAUCGUCAUUUUCAAACGUCCCUAGUUUCUAAAUUCCAUCGAAAUCGCUAACGCCGUUUUUGAGAAAUUAGUAAAAUAAAAAUAUGAAACGGUAUUUGACAAAAUAGUACGGUUUAAUACUCGAAAUCAUUAUGAAUACUACACUAGUCGUAAUCGUAGAUUGUAAAUUAUACACAAAUACAAAUAUAAAAUCAAAAAUGCUGCCUCCCUACAAAUUUAUGAAGAAAGCGUUCAAGUCAAUGAGGCCCGGCGGCGGCCUGGUCUGCAAAAAGAAGAAAGACGGCAACAAGAUGUCAAGAAAGAACUACAACAGUUUCUCAAUAUACCUCAUCAGAGUAUUAAAAUCACGUACAGGAAAUAACGUCGGAAUUUCAAGCAAAAGCAUUUUAAUUAUGAACUAUUUUGUCAAUGUUAUUAUAGAAACAAUCGCCUGUGAAGCUGGAAAACUAAUACGCGGAACGAAGGCUCCGUUAAGCGAGAACGAAAUACGAAUGGCCAUAAAACUACUCCUUCCUGGUUUCCUAGGAAUGCAAUCAUUGUUGAAUGGGGCGAAAGCGCUCCGGAACUAAAAGAGUAACUCGAGCAGUCAGAUAGUUAUUAUGCCCCAUUUUGCCCAUUUAGUCCAUUUUGGUUAAUGUAUAAAAUCGAUAUUAAAAUUUAUUAUUUUUACUACCAUCUUUCGACACAUGAUUAAAACUUUUAGAACACCAUUUGACUUUGAUCCUUAUUCUUUCACUGACAAUAUGUGUUAAAUUUGUUAAUAACCAACAAGUGGCGCUAUCUUACCGGGCAUAGGCUAAAGGUUGUGGCGCCAUCGCUCUAAUCGAUGCCGCCAUACCUUUGGCCUUUGAUCUACUAGAUGGCGCCACUUUGUGAUAUUUGACUACUUUAACACAUGUCAAUCAGUGAAAGAAUAAGGAUAAAAGUCAAAUGGCGUUCUAAUAGCUUGUGUCGAAAGAUGGCAGUAAAUUUGCUGUGGCUACAAAAUGUUGUUUGACAAUCCACCUCUAUUUCAAAUUCUCUUUGUAGGAACAUAAUAACACCUUCUGAGCAUAAUAUAUAGUAGCGGCAAAAAAAUAUCACAUUGCUAUUUUUAUGCAGGCAUUGAUUCGAAAAUUCGUGAUAUGAGACACGUCUGAGACUUUAUAUCAUAAAAACAAUUAUUGUAUCAUCAUCACGACCAGGAUCGAUGUUUUGCCAUCGUUGGCCUCUGGUUCGAAAAUUAAAUGAAAUCAUUACUUUACAACUUAACCGGGCAAACUGUCAAAUUGUCAUUUUCAAACGUCCCUAUAUUCUAAAUUCCAUCGAAAUCGCUAACGCCGUUUUUGAGAAAUUAGUAAAAUAAAAAUAUGAAACGGUAUUUGACAAAAUAGUACGGUUUAUUACUCGAAAUUAUUAUGAAUUACACUAGUCGUAAUCGUAGAUUGUAAAUUAUACACAAAUACAAAUAUAAAAUCAAAAAUACUGCCUCCCUACAAAUUUAUCAAGAAAGCGUUCAAGUCAAUGAAGCCCGGCGGCGGCCUGGUCUGCAAAAAGAAGAAAGACUGCAACAAGAUGUCAAGAAAGAACUACAACAGUUUCUCAAUGUACCUCAUCAGAGUAUUAAAAUCACGUACAGGAAAUAACGUCGGAAUUUCAAGCAAAAGCAUUUUAAUUAUGAACUAUUUUGUCAAUGUUAUUAUAGAAAAAAUCGCCUGUGAGGCUGGAAAACUAAUACGCGGAACGAAGGCUCCGUUGAGCGAGAACGAAAUACGAAUGGCCACAAAACUACUCCUUCCUGGUUUCCUAGGAAUGCAAUCAUUGUUGAAUGGGGCGAAAGCGCUCCGGAACUACAAGAGGAACUCGAGCAGCCCGAUAGUUAUUAUGCCCCAUUUUGCCCAUUUGGCCCAUUUUGGUUAAUAUAUAAAAUCGAUAUUAAAAUUAAUUAUAUUAAAAUUUAUUAUUUAUUUCUAUCGGCUUUGUAAAAAGCGUAGAAAACAAUAAAAGAUACAUUUAUUUUGCGCCAAAUUAACCUUUUUUAAUUGAACGCUUUACGUCAUAAACAAAAACUUUAGUACCACGCCAAGCUCCCGGGCGCAAGCGAGCUAAUGUAAACUUUACUUGAAAGUGUGAAGGUUACUUUGACAGCGUCCGCCAUAACACCUAUAGUUGUCCUUGGCGCUGCGGGCACGACUAGUAACAAGGCUUUUAGGUGUUCUUAGCGUUCAGAAGGUUAAUGCAAUUCGCGUCGAUAUUGUCUUCAUUAAGCUUAUGGUGGAUUAGUGGAAAUAUAAAUAGUUUGUAUCGCUCAGGUUAUAGUACCGCUUCGGUAAUAUUUCACAACGAAUAUUGCGCUAGGGAACUUUCAUUUAAUCAUACUUUGCUUUUGAAAGGAGAAUAAAAAAAUAACGAGGUUUUUGCAUGUGCUCUAAUAUCCUAACUUUUACUAUUUGAAACGAUAGUAAAAAGAAACGAUAAUAAGCCAUAAUUUGAAAUAAUUAUAAUAUCUUCAUUUCGUUAUAAUUAGUGCCAUUAUUCUUAUUCCAUUAGCUUAGUAGGAACCAAAGAGAAUUUGAAAUAGAGGUGUAUUGUCAAGGAAUUGUCAUUUUAAAACGUCCCUAUAUUCUAAAUUCCAUCGAAAUCGCUAACGCCGUUUUUGUGAAUUUACUAAAAUAAAAAUAUGAAACGGUAUUUGACAAAAUAGUACGAUUUAAUACUCAAAAUUAUACACUAGUCGUAAUCGUAGAUUGUAAAUUAUACACAAAUACAAAUAUUAAAUCAAAAAUGCCUCCCUACAAAUUUAUGAAGAAAGCGUUCAAGUCAAUGAAGCCCGGCGGUGGCCUGGUCUGCAAAAAGAAGAAAGACGGCAAUAAGAUGUCAAGAAAGAACUGCAAUAGUUUCUCAAUAUACCUCAUCAGAGUAUUAAAAUCACGUACAGGAAAUAACGUCGGAAUUUCAAGCAAAAGCAAUUUAAUUAUGAACUAUUUUGUCAGUGUUAUUAUAGAAAAAAUCGCCUGUGAAGCUGGAAAACGAAUACCCGGAACGAAGGCUCCGUUAAGCGAGAUCGAAAUACGAAUGGCCACAAAACUACUCCUUCCUGGCUUCCUAGGUAUGCAAUCAUUGUUGAAUGGGGCGAAAGCGCUCCGGAACUACAAGAGCAACUAGAGCAGUCCGAUAGUUAUGCCCAUUUGGCCCAUUUUGGUUAAUGUAUAAAAUCGAUAUUUAAAUUAAUUGUAUUCAAACUUAUUAUUUUUAUUUGCAAUUGUAAUGAAUAGCCCUGUUUAGGCCCGCAAAAAAAACUAACUAAUAUGAUUUUUUGCCGCUACUAUGCUAUAUUUACACGAAUGUGUCCUUUCUGUUUUAAUUUUAAUAUAAUAAUGUUGAUGGUAGCUGGUGACUGGUGGAUGGUAGCGGAACUCUCAGUACUGCUACUCGACCAUAGAUGCAGCGGCAAACAAAAAGUGUAAUGCUCAAAGAUUUUCAGCUAAUAUUCUAAUCAGAGUAAGCGUAGGAGUUAUAAAUUUCCGAGUUCCGGUUAUUCUAGUUGUAAUAAUCGUUGGGCAUUAGACUUUUUGUUUGCCGCGUAAUGUAUUGUCUAGUAGCAGUACUGAGAGUUCCGCUACUUGACGCUAGAUGUAGACUAUGAAAAUAAUAGUAUUUUUGGUAACAAAACCGUUGUAUGAAGUGAGCACUCUUGGUCUUUUUAAUUCUCUUUGGUAGCGUCAAAAAUUAAACUUGAAUACUAUUGUUAGGAAUAAUAAGAUGAUAGCCUUUAAGAAAAAUAAACGAUAUAAGAUUAUUACCGCUCAGGGCCUCAAAUAGUUUCAUCCCUGUACAUUAUCAGAUAACGCAUUCAGAUGUUUUGAGACGUAUAUUAAAAUAAAUAAAAUAGUGUUGUGUAAUAAAUCAUAUGAGAAUGGCCAAAUAUUUUUAAAAGUGCAUAUUAUUUUUAACAGCUUUGUUAAAAGUGUAGAAAACAAUAAAAGAUACAUUUAUUUUGCGCCAAAUUGACCUUUUGAACGCUUUACGUCAUAAACAAAAACUUUAGUACCACGCCAAGCUCCCGGGCGCAAGCGAGCUAAUGUAAACUUUACUUGAAAGUGUGAAGGUUACUUUGACAGCGUCCGCUAUAACACCUAUAGUUGUCCUUGGCGCUACGGGCUCGACUAGUAACGACGCCGUUAGGUGUUCUUGACGUUCAGAAGGUUAAUGCAAUUCGCGUCGAUAUUGUCUUCAUUAAGCUUAUGGUGGAUUAGUGGGAAUUUAAAUAGUUUGUAUCGCUCAUGUUAUAGUACCGCUUCGGUAAUAUUUCACAACGAAUAUUGCGCUAGGGAACUUUCAGGGAGAAAAAAAAUAACGAAGUUUUUGCAUGUGCUAACUUUUACUAUUUGAAACGAUUGUAAAAAGAAACGAAAAUAAGCCAUGAUAUGAAAUAAUUAUAAUAUCUUAAUUUGGUUAUAUUUAGUGCCAUUAUUCUUAAUCCAUUAGCUUAGUUAGUAGGAACCAAAGAGAAUUUGAAAUAGAGGUGUAUUUUCAAAGAAAAUUUGGUAGCCACAGUAAAUUUACUACCAUCUUUCGACACAUGAAUAAAACUUUUAGAACACCAUUUGACUUUGAUCCUUAUUCUUUCACUGACAAUAUGUGUUAAAUUUGUUAAUAACCAAAAAGUGGCGCUAUCUUACCGGGCAUAGGCUAAAGGUUGUGGCGCCAUCGCUCUAAUCGAUGCCGCCAUACCUUAGGCUUUUGAUCUACUAGAUGGCGCCACUUUGUGAUAUUUGACUAAUUUAACACAUGUCAAUCAGUGAAAGAAUAAGGAUAAAAGUCAAAUGGCGUUCUAAUAGCUUGUGUCGAAAGAUGGCAGUAAAUUUGCUGUGGCUACAAAAUGUUGUUUGACAAUCCACCUCUAUUUCAAAUUCUCUUUGUAGGAACAUAAUAACAUCUUCUGAGCAUAAUAUACAGUAGCGGCAAAAAAAUAUCACAUUGCUAUUUUUAUGCAGGCAUUCAUUCGAAAAUUCGUGAUAUGAGACACAUCUGACACUUUAUAUCAUAGACUUGAGACUGAGACUUUAUAUCAUAUAAACAAUGAUUGUAUCAUCAUCACGACCAGGAUCGAUGUUUCGCCAUCGUUAGCCUCUGGAUUGAAAAUUAAAUGAAAUCAUUACUUUACAACUCAACCGGGCAAACUAUUUUAAAAGUGUACCCUAGGUUGAUCGAAUUGUCAUUUUCAAACGUCCCUAUAUUCUAAGUUCCAUCGAAAUCGCUAACGCCGUUUUUGAGAAAUUACUAAAAUAAAAAUAUGAAACGGUAUUUGACAAAAUCGUACGGUUUAAUUAUCGAAAUUAUUAUGAAUACUACACUAGUCGUAAUCGUAGAUUGUAAAUUAUACACAAAUACAAAUAUAAAAUCAAAAAUGCCUCCCUACAAAUUUAUGAAGAAAGCGUUCAAGUCAAUGAAGCCCGGCGGCGGCCUGGUCUGCAAAAAGAAGAAAGACGGCAACAAGAUGUCAAAAAAGAACUACAACGGUUUCUCAAUAUACCUCAUCAGAGUAUUAAAAUCACGUACAGGAAAUAACGUCGGAAUUUCAAGCAAAAACAUUUUAAUGAACUAUUUUGUCAAUGUUAUUAUAGAAAAAAUCGCCUGUGAAGCUGAAAAACGAAUACGCGGAACGAAGGCUCCGUUAAGUGAGAACGAAAUACGAAUGGCCACAAAACUACUCUUUCCUGGCUUCCUAGGAAUGCAAUCAUUGUUGAAUGGCGCGAAAGCGCUCCGGAACUACAAGAACAACUCGAGCAGUCCGAUAGUUAUUAUACCCAUUUGGCCCAUUUAAAUUAAUUAUAUUAAAAUUUAUUAUUUUUAUUUGCAAAUGUAAUCAAUAGCCCUUUUUAGGGCCGCAAAAAAACUAACAAAUAUGUUUUUUUGCCGCUACUAUGCCAUAUUUACACGAAUGUGUCCUUUCUGUUGUAACUUUAAUAUAAUAAUGUUGAUGGUGUCUGGUGGAUGGUAGCGGAACUCUCAGUACUGCUUCUCGACCAUGGAUGUCGCGGCAAACAAAAAGUGUAAAGCUCAAAGAUUUUCAGCUAAUAUUCUAACCAGAGUAAGCGUAGGAGUUAUAAAUUUCCGAGUACCGGUUAUUAUAGUCAUAAUAAUCGUUAGGCAUUAGGCUUUUUGUUUGCCGCGUAAUGUAUUGUGUAGUAGCAGUACUGAGAGUUCCGCUACUUGACGCUAGAUGUAGACUACGAAAAUAAUAGUAUUUUUGGUAACAAAACCGCUGUAUGAAGUGAGCACUCUUGGUCUUUUUAAUUCUCUUUGGUAGCGUCAAAAAUUAAACUUGAAUACUAUUGUUAGGAAUAAUAAGAUAAAUAAAAAAAAUAAAAAUAAGCGAUAUAAGUUUAUUACCGCUCAGGGCCUCUUACAUAGUUUCAACCCUGUACGUUAUCAAAUAACGCAUUCAGAUGUUUUUAAAGACGUAUAUUAAAAUAAAUAAAAUAGUGCUGUGUAAUAAAUCAUAUGAGAAUGGCCAAAUAUUUUUAAAAGUGCAUAUUAUUAUUAACGGCUUUGUUAAAAGCGUAGAAAACAAUAAAAGAUACAUUUAUUUUGCGCCAAAUUAACCUUUUAACCGCUAUACGUCGUAAACAAAAAUUUAGUACCACGCCAAGCUCCCGGGUGCAAGCGAGCUAAUGUAAACUUUACUUGAAAGUGUGAAGGUUACUUUGACAGCGUCCCCCAUAACACCUAUAGUUGUCCUUGGCGCUGCGGGCACGACUAGUAACGACGCCUUUAGGUGUUCUUAGCGUUCAGAAGAUGAAUGCAAUUCGCGUCGAUAUUGUCAUCUUUAAGCUUAUGGUGGAUUAGGUGAAAAUUUAAAUAGUUUGUAUCGCUCAUGUUAUAUAGUACCGCUUCGGUAAUAUUUCACAACGAAUAUUGCGCUAGGGAACUUUCAUUUAAUCAUACUUUGGAAUCAUACGAGGAUUUUGCAUGUGCUAACUUUUACUAUUUGAAACGAUUUUAAAAAGAAACGAGAAUAAGCCAUAAUAUGAAAUAAUUAUAAUAUCUUCAUUUCAUUAUAUUUAGUUCCAUUAUUCUUAUUCCAUUAGAUUAGUUAGGAGGAACCAAAGAGAAUUUGAAAUAGAGGUGUAUUGUCAAAGAAAAUUGGUAGCCACAGUAAAUUUACUACCAUCUUUCGACACACGAUUAAAACUUUUAGAACACUAUUUGACUUUGAUCCUUAUUCUUUCACUGACGAUAUGUGUUAAAUUUGUUAAUAACCAAAAAGUGGCGCUAUCUUCCGGGCAUAGGCUAAAGGUUGUGGCGCCAUCGCUCUAAUCGAUGCCGCCAUACCUUUGGCCUUUGAUCUACUAGAUGGCGCCACUUUGUGAUAUUUGACUACUUUAACACAUGUCAAUCAGUGAAAGAAUAAGGAUAAAAGUCAAAUGGCGUUCUAAUAGCUUGUGUCGAAAGAUGGCAGUAAAUUUGCUGUGGCUACAAAAUGUUGUUUGACAAUCCACCUCUAUUUCAAAUUCUCUUUGUAGGAACAUAAUAACAUCUUCUGAGCAUAAUAUACAGUAGCGGCAAAAAAAUAUCACAUUGCUAUUUUUAUGCAGGCAUUCAUUCGAAAAUUCGUGAUAUGAGACACAUCUAAGACUUUAUAUCAUAUAAACAAUGAUUGUAUCAUCAUCACGACCAGGAUCGAUGUUUCGCCAUCGUUGGCCUCUGGUUUGAAAAUUAAAUGAAAUCAUUACUUUACAACUUAACCGGGCAAACUAUUUUAAAAGUGUACCCUAGGUUGAUCGAAUUGUCAUUUUAAAACGUCCCUAUAUUUUAAAUUCUAUCGAAAUCGCUAACGCCGUUUUUCAGAAAUUACUAUAAUAAAAAUAUGUAACGGUAUUUGACAAAAUAGUACUUACGCGUUAAUACUCAAAAUUAUACACUAGUCGUAAUCGUAGAUUGUAAAUUAUAAACAAAUACAAAUAUAAAAUCAAAAAUGCCUCCCUACAAAUUUAUGAAGAAAGCAUUCAAGCCAAUGAAGGUGGCCUGGUCUGCAAAAAGAAGAAAGACGGCAAUAAGAUGUCAAGAAAGAACUGCAAUAGUUUCUCAAUAUACCUCAUCAGAGUAUUAAAAUCACGUACAGGAAAUAACGUCGGAAUUUCAAGCAAAAGCAUUUUAAUUAUGAACUAUUUUGUCAAUGUUAUUAUAGAAAAAAUUGCCUGUGAAGCUGGAAAACUAAUUCGCGGAACGAAGGCUCCGUUAAGCCAGAACGAAAUACGAAUGACCACAAAACUACUCCUUCCUGGCUUCCUAGGAAUGCAAUCAUUGUUGUAUGGGGCGAAAGCACUCCGGAACUAAAAGAGCAACUCGAGCAGCCCGAUAGUUAUUAUACUUAUUAUGCCCAUUUGGCCCAUUUUGGUUAAUGUAUAAAAUCGAUAUUUAAAUGAAUUAUAUUAAAAUUUAUUAUUAUUAUUUGCAAUUGUAAUGAAUGGCCCUUUUUAGGGCCGCAAAAAAAAAACAAAAAAAUAUGUUUUUUUGCCGCUACUAUGCCAUAUUUACACGAAUGUGUCCUUUCUGUUGUAACUUUAAUAUAAUAAUGUUGAUGGUAGCUGGUGUCAAAUGUUAAAUAUAUGGGUAUGUAUGAUAGUUAACGAAUUAGUAUGUAAAGUAGAAAAUGAUACGUACGUAGUCGAAUAAUAGUACUUUACGAAUUUACGAUACAAGUGCGAGAAAUGGGAAGUUCGCAGCGAGUGUUUUAAAUCGACACGAGUUGCCUUUUCGCACAUGUAUCGUACAAUGUAUUACAGUACAUAUGGCUGCAUACCUUUUUUUCGACAUGGUUACGUAAUGUGCUAAUUAUCGCACUAGUGUGGUAAAGUAGCGCCGUAUGUACUGUAAAAUGUUUUAAUAGACUUGAUAACCUUGUACAGCGCCUUAGAUUGUGUAGUAACAAAAUAUAAAAUUGCUGCUUAUCACAGACUGUUGGGAGUUUAUGUUUAUCUUUUAUGGAAGAUAGAGGUAAGGAAUACAAUCUCCAUAGGCAGAACUGUUGCAAAAGUGUCCAGCUGUCAGCUAUAAAUAAUAGUUCCAAAUCUCUCCAGAGUAGCGCUAAAGUAGCUAAGAACGUAGGCGUUAUUCACGGAGUGAAGAGCGCUGUCUUGAUUUGUUUUUUUUUUCAAGUAUUCUAGGUAUUGUAGCGCCACCUAUGUAAAGUUUUUUGACGGACACUUUUUGGUAGGUGGAGGUUCUAUUCUUACCUCUACCUUCCAUAAUCUUUACUUAAUCUUUUCGACGCCGGGUCAAACACAAAAGCUGUCACUCGGACGCCACGUCACCGAAGUGUCAAAACUGAAAUUGAACUUUAUGCAUAUGCACGUAGGUCUAUGUUGCUCUGUGGUCAGUGACGGAUUAAUCCGUUUUCGGCGUUGUACCUACGGUACGGAUAUAUGCGUCAUUGGCGUAAAAAAGGUUAAGAGUCACACGAAUCUAGCCCCCGCCAUACAAUCGAGGUUACGCUCUCAUUUUAAAACGACAUUAUGAUGUAACAUGGAAUUAGACAUAAAAAUUCAAAUAACAUAUCUGUCUGGCCCUGGGGCCCAUUUCUCGAAACAUAUUAGUAAGGAGUGUAGAAAAAGCAGCCAAAUCUCUAUGUAUUAAGUUUCCAUCAAAAAACACGAGGGGCCCGAAAAUUUUUAACCACGCACUUCUGAAGUCGAAAGAAGGAAAAAAAAAAAUUAAAGUAAAUUUCGCCAAGAAAAUAUUUUUUUGUUUUAUUUUUUCGAAUUUUUUAAUGUUUGUUAAUGUUAUGUUAUGGUAAAACUGGCACUGAAUACGUUUUUUUUUAGUAAAACCUAGUUUAUGCAAAGAUAACUUGCAUUUAGACUACUCCCAAUCAUGGCAUAAAAAGUCGUUUUCUACCAAGUUACAAUAAUAAGAUGUUUUUUUUUAAAUUGAUUGUAACUCUGAAACUAGGUGGAAUCCAGAAAAGUUUAUAUGACUAUUUAGUCUCUAAAUAUGAUCAGGAAUACUGUUAAAAAUUUUCGGUUUCCUCAUGUUACACCGUGUAUGUUAGAUACCUAAAUAUUAAUUAAAGGAUAAAUCAAUUGAUGUUUGUAACAUAUGUCUCGAUACCAUGGGUGCGAGCCGAAGGAAUUACUGUAAGCCUAGUUAUUUAUUAAACAAGUUUGGGUCUAA